CGCCCAUUGAAUAACCUCGGUCAAAGAUGGCGGGUCCACUGUGGUUGCGAUGCCAGAGGUGGAUCGUCGGUCGUGUCGCUGCGAAUUUACGAGAAGCACAGUGGCACUUCUCCAGGCUCGGACCCGCGUCCGAGACUGCCGUGUCAGCAGGAAACUCGUGGCGGGAUGACGAGAUGCCGCCAUCGUUACAAUUUAACCAGAAAAUCCUUCCCAGGUCAACAUCCAGUCCGUUAUCUCUCACCAGACACAGGUAUCCAGCAUGUUCCAGGAGGAAGAUUCACAGUGAUGCCAAACCCAAAGACCCCUUCACACUCGCUCAGAAAGACUUGACCAGCUUAUACGAUGACAUUAAAAAGGAGCUAUUUGUUUCCAAAGAAGAGCUCAAGUCUUUAUGUGAUUACUACUUUGACGGAAAGGGGAAAGCCAUUCGGCCAAUGAUUGUCAUCCUGAUGGCACGUGCCCUCAACAUCCAUAGCAACCAAGCAGGAGACUUACUCCCAGGUCAGCGCGCCGUGGCCAUGAUCUCGGAGAUGAUCCACACGGCCAGCUUGGUGCACGACGACGUCAUCGACGGCUCAGACAAGCGGCGGGGGAAGAGGACCAUCAAUGACCUGUGGGGUGAAAAAAAGGCCAUCUUGGCGGGCGACUUCAUCUUGUCGGCCGCUUCCAUGGCCCUGGCUCGCAUCGGCAACAUCACCGUGGUCAAAGUGUUGGCACAGGUUAUUGAAGACCUUGUCAGAGGUGAAUUUAUGCAGCUGGGCUCCAAAGAAAAUGAGAGUGAACGCUUCAAGCACUACUUGGACAAAACAUUCAAGAAGACGGCCAGUCUCAUCGCCAACAGUUGCAAAGCAGUGUCCAUUUUGGUCAAUGCGGACCCUGACGUACACGAGAUUGCUUACCAGUAUGGAAGGAAUGUCGGCAUCGCUUUUCAGCUGGUGGAUGACGUUUUGGACUUCACGGCAGGCGCCAGCCAGUUGGGAAAACCAUCGGCCGCUGACCUCAAAUUGGGCUUGGCCACAGGACCCGUUUUGUUCGCUUGUCAGCAGUUCCCGGAGCUGCACGCUAUGAUCAUGAGACGCUUCAGCUCCAAAGGGGAUGUUGACCGAGCCUGGCAGUACGUUGUCCAGAGCGACGGGGUGCAGCAGACCAACUUCCUGGCGCGCCGUUACUGCCAGGAAGCCAUCCGGCACGUCAGCCGGUUGCGCCCGUCGGCCGAAAGGGACGCCCUCAUCGCGCUCACUCACAUGGUGCUCGCCAGGGACAAGUAAGGUGCAACUGGAGGGGCUUCGCCUCAGGCAGCUAGCCGUGUCAGCGUGACCCUGCCCCCUCCUCUCCAUCAUGCAAGCAUCAAUGACGUCUCUUUCUACCUCGACACAAAGAGCGAUUCACGUUUGACAGCCGCACACUGUUAGGCCGUUUAUUAGAUACCCUCAUAUACAGUGUAUGUAACUCGAUGGUUAUUUAAAUGCUCUGCAUGAAAUCUUUGAAGCACUGGGCUAAGUAUGUUGCUACAUCUUGUACUGUAAACGCAAAUGUGUGUACUGUGGAGUCAUUAAUGCUUGGGCUCCGUCCGCUCUUGAAAUCUUACCGAAGUUUCUAAUCAUGGCCUUAUCAUCUGCAACCACUGAUCAAUAAACAUUUUUUUAUUUUAUUGCAAAACUUACCCUGUGUUGAUGAAUCAUCACGUGUGCUUGUUGUCGUAUAUAGAACUGUUUAUUAUAAAAGGCUGUACAUUAAUUUUUAAAUCAACAUAUUUUACACAAAUGAAGGGCAGCGUGGACUUGAAGCCAAAUUUUCUUGUUGGAUGCACAAAAAGCAAAUGCGAAGGAACAAAUGAAAACAAGACCUGGUCUGAACUCAAUGCAAACAACUGAAUGAAAGUUGGUAGGACUCAACGUGGCUGCUUGUGAAGAGCAAAAAAA